GAAAAUUUGUGUAGUAAACCGUAUUUUUGGCCAGUACAAUGUCACAUCAGCCCUUUCCCCACGCCAACGAUGAGGAGGAGCCGCCCAAGCUGGAGCCCAUCAUCAGUGCGAUGAAGUGCGAGCAGACCGGACACAUAAUGGAGGCCAUCCUGUUGUACGAGGAGAGCAUCUAUAAGCUGAAUCAGAUGAGCGAGGCGGAGCCCAACAAAAAACACCUAUGCGGCAAGUAUAUAAAGGUAUACGAGACCCGCGCCAAGCAGCUAAGGGAGCAGGUGAAGAGCCACUUGCAAAGCAGUCGGGUACUGGACCACAUCAGCAUCGAGCGCGAUUCGCGCGGCAAGAGCUACCAGCGCCUGUUCGGUGCCUAUCUGGACGACAAUGUCAAGGAGGCCCACAUCAAUGAGCCGCACCUGACGGACCAGAAUCACAUUCGGAACCUACUGAACUUCCUGGAAGUACUGGUCAAGAACUGUCGCUAUCUGAAGUACAUUCGUCUCACCACCCGUCCGGAUCCCGUUAUGCCCAAGAACCAGCAGAUCAUCCUAGAACAGAUACGCUCCGAUCUGGCCACAGGCAACAUUCAGCUGCACUACCAAAUGGACGACACCCUUCACGACCGCAAGAUCGUGCUCAGCUCUGGGGUGGUCAUCAAGAUUGGUCGCGGUCUGCACUACUUUGAGGCCAGUGACAAUAGCCACACUCUUGGCUUGUGCGACUUCGAUUUUCGCAAGUGCCAGGCCACCGAGGUGGACAUCUGGAAGUGUCGGGCCUUUGCCAAGAAGCCCAAGGACCCGGGCGAACCACAGAACGACGUGGAUGAGGCGAGCGCCGAGGCUGAACCAAACGGCUACUCCAGUGACUAGGGAGAGGGCUACUUAUCAUCCGAAAUAGUACUAGAAAUCAAUAAAAGCAGCAGUCGUUAAUCUCUAACA